AUGAAACAGGUCAAGGCCGCUACUGGCAAGUAUGUCAAAGGCGACAUACAAGAGCAGGACCGCCGAGAGUUCAAGGACGCCAGGAUAUUUGUGUCCGAGACCAUCAUUCCUAUCGAGUAUACUGAGCCUAAAGACACGGCGAAAGUUAAGACGUUGGGCACAGAUCCGUCCGCUGGGGGUAUUAUUUUUGUACCUGCUCCCAUCAGCAUCCCACAGGAUCAACUGCUUAACAAUGCCCCCAUCCCGGCUCCAGCUCCCGCCCCCUCUUACACCCCUAUUUCCACUCCCGCUGCAGAUCUUGAUGCGGUUGCGAACGUCAACUGCAGGCUUGACGCUCUCCAAGGGAAGAUCGAAGAUUUGACAAGAGAUAACAAGGACUCGAAGCAGGAAUUAGCGGGGUUCAAGCAGGAAUUAGCAGAGUCGAAGGACAAGCUGGCCACUUGGCAGAAAUUAUCUGAAGAACGAGAAGCUGCUUAUGAUGAUAUACGAGGAUGGCUAGUAACCAACGAUACCAAGUAUAUGGACCGCCUCCGGCUACGGCAGAAUAACCUAGGACAGGCAUGCCUCGACCUUCCAAAUCAAAUCGACCUUCAGAGCCAACACGCGGAACUCGGAGCGAGUCGUACUGUGCACCCUGCACAGGUAGACUCAACGACAUACAGUGAAGUUGUUGCGCGCCAGCCAGAUGACCAGCGGACUUUGAUACAAGCAUUUAUCGAUUACAGUCUCAAGUUCCGCCCAUAG